AUGUCUCUCGAAUACGUUAAAAUUAAGAUCGAACCUGAUUUAGACGAACCAUCAUCGUCAAAUAAUAAUGUGAAUAGUUUCGGUGAUUCCGAACAUUUUAGUGAAAAUAUAAAAAAAAGAUUAGAAAAUAGUAAUAAUUACGACAACACAGAGUUUGUGAAUAUUAAAGUAGAACCAGAUAUAAUAGAUUACGAUUACAAAGGCGAUCCCGAAGCAGAACAUGAACAAGCCCAAUGGCAAAAUGUCCCAUUCAAAUAUGAGCCGGGACUCCAACCAAAUAUAAACAUAGAAGUUAAUAUUAAGCAAGAACCCGAAGAAUUAGAGACGAAUGAGAAUGAUUUCAAUUUCGCCGUGCCUCAAGGUUUGCCGCCAAAGCCUCCUAAUAUAUUUAUUAGUGAUGUAUCAGAAGAAGUUUUAAGCCUCAAUUCUACUAUAGAUGGUAAAUAUAUGUGUCCAAUAUGCCAUAAACGUUUCGCAAGCAAAGCCAACGUACAACGGCAUAUGCUGUUACAUACUAGAGAGAAACUCGAAUGUGCCACUUGCUUUAGACAAUUCGUCAAACCCGGUCACUAUGAACGACAUUUACUCACACAUUCGACAGAAAAACGUUUCAAAUGUGAAGAAUGUGGUAAAAUGUUCAGAACUACAUCAAAUUUAGAACAGCAUAAACGUAUACAUCUAGCAGUCAAACCGUUUGAGUGUCAGCAAUGUUUAAGACAAUUUGCUGUGAAAGCAAAUCUAAUUAAACACCAGAGUAAAGGUAAAUGCAGACGUCCAAGAGAAGAACCAAUAAUAUGUACGGUGUGCAAUAAGACAUUUAAAAAGGAGUUUCUAUUGAAAAGUCACCUGCGAAGGCACACAACAGAACGACCGUACGUUUGUGACAAGUGUGACAUGAGUUUCAAGUACAAGUCGACUUUAAUCAGACAUGUUCAACUUCAUAACGGUAUAAAACCCUAUUCCUGUAAAGUUUGCAGGAAAAAGUUUACCCAUGCUGGCCUAAUUAAACCCCAUAUGAGACGCCAUACCGGUGAAAAACCAUAUGCUUGCCCGAUUUGCAACAAACUUUUCGCGCAUAAACACAACAUGCAAAGACAUACGUUGCGUCAUGCGAAAAUUAAGCAUUUAGUAUGUGAUGUGUGCAACAAAACCUUCCCAAAGGAAAGUCGGUUAAAAUACCAUAUGAGGACGCACACGAAAGCUAAACCGUUCCUCUGUGCGGUUUGCCCAAAGACAUUUUCGCAUAGACAAAAUAUAAUAAGGCAUUACAGUCGAAAACAUCCAAAUGAAACGUAUAAUUGCAAAGAUACAGACGCGAGUGUCGCAAAAGAUGUGUGGGAGAAAGUGAAAAACCGCAAUCUAGAAAUCAAAGUUGACUUCUGUGAAGUUAAAAUUGAAAUAUCAGAUAACAGCGAUGACGAGAUUCUGGCGAAUUUCAAAAAA